AUGGGGGGUUCCAAAAAAAACAAAAACAAAAAGAAGCAACAUAACAGUUUCAUGGGAAGGAGCUUAAUGCGAAACAAGUUGUUGCAAAAAGAAAUAUCUGACAACAUUUUGUACUCAAAAAUAGGAAAUGAUGACGAUAAAAAAGCGAGUAAAAAGUUUUCCGUUUUGGAUAAAAAUCCUCUUGAUGAUUAUUUGGAUAACCAAUUAGUUAUUAACAGUGUACAGGUGAGCAAGGUAUUUAUACAAAAAAACGAAAUUAAGGAAAAAAAAAACAUAAGAGACAGAAAUAAAAGCAAAGAUUUUCUGAACAUUCAGAAUAUUCUGCUUCCCAUUCCAGGUAGACCAUUUCUUUUGAGUAAUCAAGACAAGGUUAACAUAAUUCUUAACGAAAGGAAAAAUAUGCCGGUAAAAAAAAAAAAAAAAAAAAACGCCAAGAAAAUUAGCUUUCUGAUGAGCGGUAAGAGUCUCAUACCGAUUAAUGUGCGCAGUUCGAAGGGGGGAGAGAUAUCCAAGAAAAAAAAAGUCCGCCAUGUUCGAAAGGGGGUGAACGGUAAAGUCCUGAACGGCAAGGUAAAUGAAAAGGAGGAAGAGCAAGACGAGGAAGAGGACUGUGCAGAAAAUGAGGAAGAAGAUGGUGCAGAAAAUGAGGAAGAAGACGGUGCAGAAAAUGAGGAAGAAGACGGUGCAGAAAAUGAGGAAGAAGACGGUGCAGAAAAUGAGGAAGAAGACGGUGCAGAAAAUGAGGAAGAAGACGGUGCAGAAUACGAGGAAGGCAACGGUGCAGAAUAUGAGGAAGAGGAUGGUACACAAAGUGAUGCAGAUGCGCAUGCCGAACCGAGUGACCAUUGCAGAUACGAGUGCAUGUAUGACUUGAGGUAUAUUCAUAUGUACGAGGAUCUGGGGAAGAAGUAUAAAGACAUGGACGUACAGGAGGUCUUGAGCAAAGAGAGCAUAGACAAGCACGAAAUAGAAUACUUUAUUGAAUGGAGGAAAUUGCUAAGUGCCAUAGAAGAAAGAGAAGGAUACAUAAUAACUCCGUAUGAAAAGAAUAUCGAAUACUGGAGACAGCUGUGGAGAGUUAUAGAAAAAAGUCAUGUAUUAUUUUACAUUAUCGAUGCUCGAAAUCCGUUAUUUUUUUAUUGUAAAGGGUUAGAAUAUUAUAUUAAAAAAGUAGACGCAAGAAAAGAAUUUUUUAUCAUUUUAAAUAAAUCGGAUUUUUUAAAUUAUGAACAAAGAAAAGAAUGGUCAGAAUUUUUUGUGAAGAGGAAUGUGAAUUUUAUUUUCUUUUCAGCUUUACGGGAGUUAUAUCAUCAAAAUAAUGUAACUAUUGAAGAUUUGCCAUUUCCUCCACAUACAUACCAGAAUGGGUGGUGUUCCAUAGAAAAUAAUCAUGCUGAAAAAAGAGAGAUGCACAUCACAAUUCCUUCAAUGGAGUUAAAUGACCUAUCAAUGGGUCAGGUGAAAACAAAGGAAAAAUAUUCCUUGGAAUUUUCCAAACUUGAGAAAACACACAUAAGCGAUUGUGCAGAAAUAGAAGACGGAAACAAAAAAGAAGUUAUUAUUAAUGUAGGUUUUGGGAAUUUAAGUUAUGAGGAAAAAAAAAAUGACAAAACAGAUAUAUUGAGUGUAAAUGAUUUAAUAAAUUUAAUUAAAAAAAUAAAAAACAAAGUAAAAGAUCAAUAUCAUGAAAUAGAGAUAGGAACAUAUAACAUACCAAAAUUUAUGGCAGGGUUUAUUGGAUUUCCUAAUGUAGGAAAAAGCUCCAUUAUCAAUUCUCUAAUUGGUUUAAAAAGAGUAAGUGUUAGUAGACAACCAGGGAAAACGAAACAUUUUCAGACGAUUCCAUUAAAACCUUUUGAUUUCUCCCUUUGUGAUUGUCCAGGUUUAAUAUUCCCUUCUCUAGUAUUCAAUAAAUAUGACUUAAUUAUUAAUGGCGUUUUUUCAGUAGAUCAUUAUAAAGGAAAUCUGAUUUCCCUUAUUCAAAUUCUCUGCAAUAUUAUUCCUCAUCAGUUAUGUGAAAAGUACAGAAUUGAUAAAAAACUCAUUUUCGAAAUGAUGGUAGAGGAUGGUGGGGAGGAAAGCCGUGGCAAGGGGACAGAAAAGGGAGAAAAAAAGGGAGAAGAAAAGGGAGACAAAAAAGGAGACGAAAAGGGAGAAGAAAAGGAAGAAAAAAAACAGAAAUCAUAUUACCAUCUAGAUGCAACUCAAUUCUUGCGCGCAUUCUGUACUUCUAGAAAGUAUAUUUCUGGAGGAAAAGGAGGACAAUUAAAUCUGAAUUUCGCCACAAGACUUAUCAUUAGAGACUUUAUAACGGGAAAACUUCUCUACAAUUUUAUGCCAACAUAUCUAGAACAAAAUAUGCAUAUAUACCAACCCGACGAGAAUCCCCACGAGCUCAUAACAACUUCUGCGCAACUUGAUAAGAAUCACUUCUGCGAGCAUACGCUCACACCUGAAGAGGUUAUAACAACAAAGAGAAAAUUCCGCUACAUGCAAAAGAAACUAAUCAAGGGAAAAAAUGUGUUCAACUAUGGUUCUUAG